UGCGCAGGAUUAAGAUAUUCUCUACAUUGCAUCAGUACCAGAUAAACCCAACAAUACUAACAUGAAAUUUUUCAUUGCCUUCGUCGCGUUGGCCGUAAUUGGCGCAAAGGCCGCUUCAUUAACAGAAGAACAAAAACAGAAACUAAUUGGCUACCACAAGGAAUGCCAGGCUCAAUCUGGAGUCGAGAAUUUAACCAUCGAAGAUGCCAAAGCUGGUAAAUAUAGAGACGAUCCAAAAGCCAAGAGCCAUUUGCUUUGUGUCUCUAAAAAAGUUGGUCUCCAAAAUGAAGCCGGAGAGAUUCAGAAGGAUGUGAUCAUCGAGAAACUCACUAAACUCCUUGGUAACGGUGAAUUGGCCCAAUCCUUGGUAGAAAAGUGUGCCAUCCCACAGGGUACUCCUGAAGACACUGCUUACUUUGUCGCGAAAUGUUACCACGAAAAUACUCCUGAUCACAUUAAGGUAGUUUAAAUUAUAAAAAAAAAAUAAUAAAUUUAGGUGUAAUUUA